GAGAAAAGGUGAAAGAUGCUGAGGCAGUAAUUUCUAAGAUAAGUCACACUUGUAUUAUCACCUAUGAACUCAGAAAUAAUGACCAGAUGGUUGAAUUUCACUAAAAAUGAGGCGUAGACUUGAAACUAAGCUGCACAAUAGGAGGAGUUAUGAAAAGUAUAAAAUAUGAGGUUUUAUGAUUUUGCAUCAGGUUUUUCUUUGUCCCGGGACAAAAGGCCGACUCGGUCUGUUCUGCAUCUCUUUAUGCACAGUAAACCUCUUCACACUGGACUCUACCAGCUGUAUUUCUUUGAGUUUUGGGUUUAAUACUAAGUUGUUGGCGACCCGUUUGAACACUUUUACUAAGGUGACAUGUUGAUCUCAUACUGCUAACAGAGUAUUUGUUUUAUCAGCCCUGUUAAUUGUCUGACAAGCAAAGAUAAUUUAUUAAACUGUCAUUAUAUAAUUUACUGACAGUGACGUCAGCACAGUGACCAGAUCUUAUUUGGUGAAGAGGUCUCACUCUGUCUGCUGUUGGAGAGCAGAAACAGGUGAGAGUGAGACGUCGCGCUGAUGAUAAACUUUCUCUGCAGGACUAAAAUACGUCAGAGUCUGUGACGUCAUCAGCACAUUCAGGAUCCUUCGACUCGUUUUGUGAACUCGUUUUUAUUUAGUAUUUACUUUUAGUGUCUGUUUCACCUUCUGAGCUCAGAGUGAGACCUCUUCCUGCUCAGUCUCAUCCUCUGCUCCGUCUCAGCUCAGUGACGCAGGAGGAAGCAGCAGCAGAAGAAGAAGAAGAAGAAGAGCGACGGAGGUCCGCUGCUCGACAGCAGUAAUAAUUAAUAAUUUAUAGGAUCAGCUGUUCUGUGUGGUCAUGACGCUGUCGGCACUGCAGCUUCCUGCCGAGCUGUGGCUGCAGGUGUUCAGCUUCCUGUCCUGGAGAGACAAACUGAGUGUUCGCUGCACCUGUUCACACUUCAAACACCUGUUGGAUAAGUCCCGCCCCCUGUGGCGAGGCUUCAGCAUCGUGUUGCGACACUUCUCCCGCUACAACCAACCCUUCUGGCGCAGCCUGGCUCAGAGGAACGUGGGCAGUGUAGCAGUGCGUUCAGGUAAGAGGAAACACCUGAAGCACCUUUCCACAUGGCUUCCCGCCCUCGGCGCACUGCGAUUGGAUGACUGGAGAGACGGAGGCGUGGACGAACUGAAACUGUUCCACCAACUGCAACACCUGUCCAUCACGUCCUGCUACACACCUCUGAAGAGCCUGGACUUCCUGCUUCCUCUGAGUCAUCAGCUGACACAGCUCAGUAUCUGUAACGUGCAGCUCACCUGUCCCGCCUCUCACCUGGUGGCCACCAUCAGUCAGCUGACUCGUCUCACCUCGCUGCUGCUGCACCACGACGGCAGUCUGAGUGUCCCGACACUCAGCGGUGUCCUGACGCACCUGACGGAGCUCAAACGCCUGUCCUGGACCAUGAUCACCUACAGGACGCUGUCUCAUGACUUCUUCAGCCCCGCCCACCUGACAGGCGACGGCGGUCUGCAGCUGUCUGACCUGCAGUUGUUGAACUACGACGCCAUGGUGACGCAGGAAGUUCUGCAGCCUUUGUCCCGCCUCCGCAGCCUGUCAGUCUUCCACCUGUACUCUGUCCCCGGACCCACCUGUCACCUGCAAACAUGGCUGACAAUGCUGCCGCAUCUGCGCAGCCUCAAUGUGCACGGAGGCCACCCUCUGGCAGCGUACGUCGACUUCCUGCCGUCUUCACUGGUCAGCCUGACGCUGUGUGUCGACAUGCAGCCUGAAGACCUGCAGGUGGUUUCGGCGAGAGCUCCUCACAUGGAGCAUCUGCACUUGGAGCCCUGGAGCUCCUCCUCCAGCCUGGUCAGGCUCCUCCCACAGCUGUUCCCUCACCUGAGGACGCUCCGGAUCAGACAUAAUCACGUGUCGGACGAGGACUUCCUGCAGCUGCAGCAGCUGCAGCGCCUGGACACGCUGGAGGUUCUGGACUCGUACUACAGACCCGACCCGAGCGACCCGAGCUGGGUCGUCUACGAGCCGAGUCCUCGUCUGUUGCGGCUGACCUCUGACCUACACAGGCUGACCGAUCACAGAGUCCGAGUCCUGACUAGCUCACACAGAGACCUGCUCACGUGUCACUGUGUCUGACCAAUCACACCUGCCGUGACAUCACAGUGACAUCACAGAGGGGACGGCGCCACCUAGAGUCGGGUUCUGCUGGAGGUUUCUUCCCGUUAAAGGAGAGUUCUUCUUCUUCCUGCUGAUGGAGGAAUGUUGGGUCUCUGUAGAUUAAAGAGUUCAGUCUAGAUGCUCUGUGUGAGAAGUGUCCUGUUGUGAUUUGGUGCUUUAUAAAUAAAACUGAGUUUAUUACAAGUGCAGCUAUCUGGACCUCCAGAGUGAAAGCUGCUGUAAAUCAUCACAGGAAUGUUUUUAGCUAAAUUCAGUCGGAGCAGCAGAUAAGUGGAACUCAUUUCCUCCCGUAUGAGAGGAAGCACAAACUUCAGUAUCUUUAAAACAAACCAGUGACGUGAUCACAGAUGUUUGAAUGGAACCAACUGUCAACAUGGAGAGUAUGAUAUUAUAUUUUGUAUGUUGUAUUAUUACUAUUGUAUUGUGUUUUUAUAUCUUCCUGCUCAGAGACUGCAGAUGUUAAUUAGCUGUGUAACUGUUGCCUCUGUUAAACCAAUGAGGUCGAUUAAAGCACAAACAUUUAAAUAAACACUAAACUGACUCAACAC